AUGUCAUUCAAUGCCUUCACGGAUAUCCCAGACCUUGCUGGCAAGGUGAUACUCGUCACCGGAGGCAACGCAGGCUUGGGCGCAGCAACAAUCAAGGCCAUCGCUCCCCACAACCCAUCCGCCAUCUAUCUCUGUGUGCGCCCCGUGUCCAUCUCUACCGCUGAGACCCUCACCUCAACCAUCAGGCAGACCUUGCCAGAUGUUAAUAUCAGAAUCCUCCCUCUGGACCUCUCCUCGCUCGCCAACGUCCGCGAGUGCGCCACCGCCUUCCUUCAACAGGAACAGCGUCUCGACCUCCUCCUCCUCAAUGCGGGCAUCUCCACCACCGCACCGGCGCUGACACAGGACGGCUACGAGAGCCAAUUCGGCAUCAACCACAUGGGUCACGCGCUCCUCACGCAGCUCCUCAUGCCGCCCCUCCUAGCCACACAGCAGCUGGGCCACGACGUCCGCAUCGCCAUCACCUCGUCCAUGGCCGCGCACAUGGACCCCCCACCAUCUGGCCUCGCGCUCGACGAGAUGAAGGGCAACGCUGACUCGCUCGCGUCGCCCUACCAGCGGUACGCGCACACGAAGCUCGCCGCCAUCCUGUUUGCCCGGAAGCUCGCCCAGCUCUACCCCUCCAUACGGUCCAUCUCCUUUAACCCUGGCCAGGUCAAAACGGACCUAUUCAAGAAAGCGACAGGCAUCAACAAGUGGUUCAUGUUGUUUGUCGGCACGCCAUUUCUGUGGUGGACAGGCGUCAGCGUGGACAAGGGGGCGGAGAAUGGCCUGUGGGUGGCCUUCACCAAGGACGCCAAGAAUGGUGCCUACUACGAACCUGUGGGUGUGCUGACGGAGGACAAGAAGUUCUUUCAGGACCAGGCUUUAACGGACGAGCUAUGGCGCUGGACAAACGAAGAGCUUGCAUCGCACGGAGCGCCAGGAUGGCCUGCGGUGGACGAUGUUUAG